UACAGUUCCCCCAUUCCUCUGAUAGGAUGUUUCUGUGGGCAGGAAGUAAAGCAACAGACGGAAGAGGUGACCGCAGAUCCAUCUACCAGAAGUUCCGUGAGUAUGAUGUCCUGGACAAGAGGAAGACGGUGACAGCUCUGAGGGCAGGAGAGGACAGAGCAAUACUGCUGGGCCUCAGCAUGGUCCUCCUGUCUGUCAUGAUGUACUUUGUCCUGGGAAUCACCAUACUGCGUUCUUACUCUGACAGUGUGUGGACGGACGAGGCUAGCUGCGCCAUCAUAAACUCCACCAUCGUCUAUGAUGUAAACUGUUCAUACAGCUGCGGAGCAGAGUGUUGGAAGAACUCUCGUUUCCCAUGUCUCCAGGUCUUUGUCAGUCUCAACUCUUCAGGAAAGGUGGUACGACUGCUGCACAACGAGGAGACGCAGGACAGCAACCCUGAGUGUUUCUACAUCCCAAAGUGCCGUAAGGACUACGCAGCCACACAUGCUAUGGUGCAUAACAUAUCUGAACGUCUCAGAUCUCAGCACACAGUCCAGUGUUUCGUGGACCCGACAGACCGAGUGGACAGUGCCAUCUUGACGCAGAUUUACGGCCGAGUCGCCGUCUUCCAUUCGCUGUUCUGGCCCACCUGCACCUUGAUCGGAGGAACCAUUAUCAUUGCCAUGGUGAAGCUGACCCAAUACUUGUCAAUCAUGUGUGAGCGACUGAGCCGCAUUAAGAGGUGA